GUGGAGGCUCAGUGGGGAUGACCGGUCAUGACCUCCAACUCCUUGGUGGUGUCCGGCCAUGGCUUGCGAAAGAGACAGCUGGUCGCCUGGUUCUCCGAGCACCGACGGAAUUACUCACCCCGUCGUCACCCACAGGAAUGUCUGCGAGGUGGCGCGUUGCCUCAAGCUGGAGACGCCAGGCAGCUACCGGGUGGAACUCUUCUUGGAGAAUGAGACCGAGGUGGCUCUGCAUCGCUUCAACCAGUGCUUUCCCCAGAGCCACGCGCGCUUGGCAUCCCCUGAUGAUCAGCUUCAAAAGAGGCCCAAGCAGCAGACGCCAGGCGAAGAAGCCGAGCCACAUAGCCCUGAGGCAACCAAGCCGCUGCGACAUUUGGAGCAACAGUUGCAGGAACUGGAAGACCUCUUGCGGCAGCCCGGAGCGCGAGAGGCCGCCGCCGAGGCCGCAGCCCACGCAGUGGCGCCUGCGGCGCCGCCCGCGGAGCUGCCGGCGGAGACGGAGACGGAGGAGUCCAGCGACGACGAGGCAGCGGAGGGGCUGCUGAAGCUGACGCUGGGUCGAGGCACCUUGGACGUGUCCCUUCAUCUUCGCGCAGCAGCUGGUGGAGGCACCGGUGCACGGCUUUGGACCGGUGGAGUACUCCUGGCCGAAUGGCUGCUUCAAGCGGAGCAGGCCCACGCCACCGAGCGAUCUGGAGGAUUGGCCCAAAUUCAGAUCAUCGGACCGGAACACCUGUUCUCAUCGGGGGCGCGGCCAAGUGAGUGUCCACGACAUGCGUUCCGCGCGUGCGUUCCCACCAGGCGGAGUUGCUGAAAGGAAAGCAGGUGGGGAAACUUGGAAGAACACCACAUCACAUACCUGCAUGUUAUGGAGCGCAAAAAACCGGUAAAUGUAUCUCCCAGCACCGCCCAGCGUCAGGGUCACCUGGCUGGUUUCGCCCCAGCCCACUACGUACAGGGACCUCCAGACAGGACACCCCUUGAAGAUCCAGGUCUCCCAAGAUUGAAGAGGUGUGGAGACCUCCACGCAGCGAGGCAGCGAGUGAUCGUGGCGAGUCUGAGGCCAUGACGUCAUCCGAAGACCGUGGUGAACACAUGUGACUUCCACCAGGACCUUCCAACAGGUGGUUUUUGGACACCCCUUAACUCUAAGAAGCUAUUUAUAGACACCUC